AUUUGGCUCAGCUCUUUCUUCACCACAACAGAACGGUACAGAGUUCGCAUCAUUGCAGAAGCUGCACCGAUCCACCUAUCGAUCACCCGCUCCCUCCCACCCUCACUCGUGAACAAGACCCCAAGAUACUUGGACUCCUCCACUUGGGAAAUGAUCUCAUCCCCGACCCGGAGAAGGCACGCGACCCUUUUCCGACUGAAGACCAUGCUUUCGGAUUUAGAGGUGUUGAUCUUCAUCCCAACUGCUUCAUGCUUGGCUGUGAACCACUUCAGUGAGAGUUGGAGGUCACGGCUUGAUGAAGCCAACAGCACUACAUCAUCUGCAAAAACCAGAUAAGCAAUACUGAGGCCACCAAACCAGACCCCCUCAACGCUACGGCUAGAAAUUAUGUCCAUACAAGUUAGUCCAACCCUCAAUGGGAACGAAUCCGACUUACUGCAGGCAAUGCGGACAGACUCUGGCACCGGUCGUACAGGGACCGAACAGCCCUUACGAAGGUCGUUUGUUUUAAACGAGUUCUGAACUUUAGGGGAAUUGGUGUUUGUAUGAUGUAUUUUAGGAACACAUUUCUGAAUUCAUUUUAUAUGGGUUUUAAUGCCAUAUGGGAGCUUCACAACGAUAAACCACAAGAACACUGCCCUUUACUCAUCAUCCUUUGUCGAGGCAGCAAUGUUGAAAUGGUCAGAUUCUUACCCGGUGUCACAUUUCCGCGAGUUGGAAUUUGAGAUGCUGCUGCUGAUAAUGAAGUUAUGAAGGAGUGCUAAAAUAUCCUAAGCUGCACAAGAACAACACCUGGGCACGCCUGCGAAUUGCCAAGCCGGCAGACCCUUGGGGCAGUGGUCAGUGAUCCGCAGAGGUUUUUAGAUCAGUGGUCAGGCUUCCAUAUCCACUGACAGCUACAAUAUUACUCAUCCGCCGCCCAGUUCCGCAGAUUGCAUUUCAGGUGUGAAGAAUCUCCAGCGUCCCCCAAGAGAGUUGUUGUCACUUGUGCGCGUGGGUCCAUCAGUCUGCCACCAGCAAACAGGCAGACUUCCUGCAGAGCCAGAAGAGCAAGGACAGAAAAAAAGCAUCUGGAGCUGCUAUUUUCAUGAAACUGACUGAAACAUGUCACACCAAACUGGGAUUAAUGCAUCAUCAGAGCUUAAAGAUUUCUUGGUCCAAGCAAAGGGAGGUGCCAUUAGAAUAUUGAAGAUCAUCAUCCAAAAUGAGGAGUUGGUGCUAGAGUCGUGCACACAGCCAGCACAAAGCUGGGACAAGGACUAUGACCACUUCCUGUUACCUCUGCUCAUGCCACAGCAGCCGUGCUACAUCCUCUACCGGCUGGACUCCCAGAAUGCACUGGGAUAUGAGUGGAUCUUCAUCGCCUGGUCACCUGACCAGUCACCAGUUAGACAGAAGAUGGUAUAUGCUGCAACUCGUGCCACUUUAAAGAAAGAGUUCGGUGGAGGACACAUCAAAGAUGAGCUCUUUGGCACAGUUGAGGAUGACGUCUGCUUUCAGGGGUACCUGCGUCACGUGACCUCCUGUUGUUCUCCAGCGCCUCUCACAGCAGCCGAACAGGAACUACAACGGAUUCGCGUCUCAGAGGAUAAAGUUGUAUGGGAUGAGCGUAGACGAAUUGGGAUUCCACGUGCAAGAUCAAAGGUUCCAGUGGAAUUCGGUAUCGACAAAAAAGUCUCUCGGGGUCUUGCGUUCCCUUUACAAGAAGAGGCCAAGCAGGCACUGGAGCAGUUGAAGCAGAAACACAUCAACUACAUACAACUAAGGUUGGACGUGGAGAAAGAGACCAUCGAGCUGGUACACACCAAGCCAACAGAGACCCGUGAGCUCCCGUACAGGAUCCCCACAGAUUCUCCUAGAUACCACUUCUUCGUCUUCAAACAUUCCUACCAGGGCCGCAUUCAGGACGCUUUAGUUUUCAUAUAUUCCAUGCCUGGGUACACCUGCAGCAUAAAGGAGCGUAUGUUGUACUCCAGCUGCAAAAACAGGCUCUUGGAGGAGGUGGAGAAAGAUUACCAGCUGGAAGUGAUCAAAAAGAUGGAGAUAGAUAGUGGUGACAGCCUUACAGAGGACUUCUUGUACGAGGAGGUCCACCCAAUGGAGCAAACUUUGAAGCAAGCGUUUGCCAAGCCCCGUGGACCAGGUGGCAAGAGAGGCAACAAACGUCUGAUCAAGGGCGCAGGGGAUAACGGCGAGGAGAUUUAGACACGGCCUCAUCUGCAAUAGACACUUCACAAGCAAAAGCAAAAUUAUUACUUGAGAAAAAAGGUUUAAAUUGUACCUGCUUAAUUUCAUCCACGGUAUAGGAAUCCAAUUUAAAACAUGGAUAAAGAGUGACAGUAAAGCAUAACAAUACACUGAACAUUCUAUAUACAUUUGUUGACCAAAAAUGGUCAAAAAGCAUGCAAAAUCUUGUAGAUUAAAGAGAAAGAAAUGGUCAGGUCUUUUUUACAGUUUAAAGCAUGGCCCAGGUUUUCUUCAUGACAUAUUUGAGGAAUACUUAGCCAGGCCAUUGGUGAGCCUGGUUUUCGUUACCAUGACGACAGUAAGAUUUUAAAGUGCGUAUGACAGGAUAAAAAAAGUCUUAAAUAGCAUUAUUAUAUGAAUUAGAAUCAUAUUUUGAGACGAUUCGACUAUAUACAACAAUUUGGCAAAGCACAGAUGACGAGAAAUGAGUCUUUUAAUCUGCUGUUUAGCCACGCCUGCCCCAAAUGGAGGAUGAUAUUGGCAGGUUCAUGAGUUCAUCUGAUUUAGAAUUCGGCCCACUGAGGGGGAAUUAUUCAGAACGAGGAAAAUGCGACGAAGAGAGCAGCAAAAUGUCAUUGUUUCAAUCUAUCUACUACAAUAUUUUUACAGGAACUUCUUUUUAUCCAAGUAUUUUUCCCCAAUUGCUAAAUAAAUGGUAUGGUCAUGACAAAUAACAGUCUUGUGCUGAACGGAAUAUGAAAUAUUAAAAAUGCAUUCAUUCAAUAGGACAUGGCAAAAUUACUCCAUAAUGGUCAAAUCUGUCGACUUCUUGGCACAUCUGAACGAUAUAUUUUGUCAUUUCCCUGCCCCGGCUUUGGAGAGCGUAAACAAACCAGGACGCGUGACAGUUAGCCGACAUGCUAACCUGAACCGAGUGACAUCUCAAAGUCUUAUUCUCGCUUUUCGAAGCGAAAAAUCACACAAAACUACCCCGUCUCAUGUCACACGGCGGCGGGGUUGUCGAUUGUCUUCGCUGAUUUGCAACCCGCCCGGUGGCGAGCAAGUUACAGCUCGUCAUUCCCCUGCUGUGAAGCAGCUGAAGAAUGACCACCGGACAAACCGGCAGAUGUCGGAGGAGCUCGUACCUGCCACAUGGUCAGCGCGUCUGUGGCAUAAAUUAAUUCUUAAAAACACGGCGAAGACGUAAACAGUGGGAGAGCGGCGUGCAGUUGUUGUGUGCAGCUAACAAGGCAGGAUGUGUCUGAGGAGAACUUUUCUACAUGUCCGUCCAUGAUCAAACGUAACUAAAUAUUCCUUUAUUUAAAGAAAGUUUGUAGAUUUUAAUUGUUAAUCGCUGUAUUCGCGGCCAUUUUUAACACAAAGUUGCAGUUUCUGAUGCGGUGAAAAAUUUGACAGAACACCGGGCACACGAACAGGGCAAUAAGCCGAGUAUAGCGCUCUGCCGGCGGUGGGGUGUGUGACAAGCUGCCGGUCGUCGGCCGAGAGGCAUUCUCAGUGGACAAGGAGCAUUGUCAGCCACAAAAUGCAAGCCACCUCCGUAUUAAAAUGUGUGCCAUUAUCCCAGUAUUUGACAUAAUAUAGAACACUAUGUUUACUCACUUUCUCGUAAGUCCAAUGGUCCCACAGUUGUCGCACACUUGUUUUGGCUGAUCUCGGGGUGAACGGGAUCUUUCUGAAACCCAAAAAGGCUCACACGCCUCUCCCUGGUGCAGCUACAAAAGCCUGCAGCCGUUUGGCUGGCGUGGUGCGAAAAAUAAACUAAUUAAUCCGUAAAAUCAGCUGAAUCCGCAGUCCAUCUGCAUGCUAUAAAGCACUGCUGUACUGUGAGAUGAUGACCCGUUCUAAACCCAAGACUGGAGCCAGAAAUCACUCAUUUUCAUGGCGCGGGAUUCAAAAAUUGAAUAUAUAAAACGAUGGCUUCCACACACAUCCAAGUGGUCCAUUUUAUUCAGGAGCAUAAAACAAUGCGAGAAAUAUGAAAUAAACAUGCUUUUUGGUGUCAUACGCACUUUAACACUACAUUGGCACUACAUUUUGUGAUUUACAAAAUGGGAAACUCAGUUAAGUAAUUUUAUUCAUGGAUGCAGCAUUUCUUAAACUAAACCGUUUGUAUGUCAGUGUUGACGUAUUGUUUGUGACAGUAGCAUGUGAAUUAUUUAGAAUUUCUUAAAUUUCUGCAUAAAUUAAUUUGCAAAAUUUAAAAUACUUUUCCUUGUUUUCUUUUUUAACCUGCAACCUUUUUUCGAUCAUGCCACUUAAAACAAUCUCAAACGAGAAUUUUUGGGAAAUCGAAUUAAAACCGUAAUUCAAAUA